AACAUAUAAUAAUAACGUCCUCCUAAUAAUAUAACUGAGAAGCCCUAAGAGUCCCUUGUGCUCUAAGCAUGGUGGGUUGCGAUUGUAUCAGCGAGCUGCCAGAUUCUUUGCUAACUCAUAUACUCUCGUACCUUCCGACCAAAGAUGCCGUUAAGACAAGCGUUUUGUCCAAGAGCUGGAGAUUUCUCUGGCUAGAGGUCACUUCCGAGCUAGACGUAAACGCCGCUGACUUCCUCCGUAACGAAGACGACUCCUCCUUGGUGAGUUUAUUGAACAACAGACCGUUCCUACGAAAGUUCAAGAUCAGGUAUGACUCUCCCCUAAGAAUAAAAAGAAAGCGUGGUGAUUCGAAUGUCAAAAAGAGUGGUGAAAGAGUCAUGGAGUGGAUAGCUGAAGCAAUUCAUCGCGGAGUUGAACACCUAGACGUAGUAAACGAGACGUAUAUACGGCGUGCUAUUGAUUUCAUGCCUAAGUAUCUUUACGUGAGCAAGAGGUUAGUGUCUCUGAGUCUCGUAAACGUAGGGCUUGAGGAACCCAAGUUUGAAGUAUCCCUACCUUGUCUCAAGAGCAUACAUCUAGACAACGUUUGUUACAUGGGAGAUGAUGGUCUCGUGAUUACGGAGAGGCUCAUCUCAGGGUCUCCUGUGUUGAAAACUCUUACCACGGACGUUCCUGCUUUAAAGAAGAAGCCACAGGAAACCGUAUUCAGAGAGGCGCCUUGGUGUUUGGAGCAUGUCAAGAUCAACAAACUGACAAUGAAGGAGGAGCACUAUGGGAUUAAACUAGUAAACUACUUUCUUGAGAAUUCGCCAGCCUUCAAGAAAAUGACUUCGAGCUUCAUAGAUUCUCGUAUGACCAAUCUUCAAUCAAGGGAAUCUGGGAUUGAAAUUGUAAAUUACUUUCUUGAGAAUUCGGCAUCUCUCAAGAAAAUGACAUUGAGUUUCAGAGAUUCUGAUAUGACCAGUGAAGAGGCAGAGAGCUACAAGAAGCUUCUUACAUCCACAAAGCUAUAUCCCAUGUGUCAAAUCUCUUUGUCUAUUUCACAUGAGGAGGAUUGUGAUUGAAAGUUGGUGUGGGGUUCAUACUAUCUUCAUAAAAAUUGCAGUUAGGCUUAUCUUUUGAUAGAUAAAAGGCUUUCUAGGUUCAGCGUGAGACACAUAGAGACUAAGUAUUGGAUGAUAAUGUACUUUCUCACAUGUGUUUAACUAUUCUAUUAUUACUUCUACAUGAAUGAUUCUCUGUACAAAAUGUAUCUUUUUUUUUAGUCACAAAUAUUAUGAAUGAUUGAUUUGUUUAUGAGUUUUGUGAAAAUGAAAUCUGCAAGCUCUCUCAAAAGACAUCUGUAGAGGAAAAAAAGAAAAAAAAAAAACACAACGCCCUAACAAAGGAAAACAAAAGACAAU